AGUACAUUAUAAGGAAUAAUGAAGAACUUAGGGCUAAAUAUAUCUGUUAAUAUUGAAGAUCUGUGUAAGGCCAAUAGAACUUGCGCCGAAAAAUUCCAAGGUUAUCUCGCUAAACAGAUAUGGACGCCCUCGGACCGUCAAACCAUUCUCGCUACGUUGGCCAGACUCUUGCUCAACUCCGGCUGCACAGAAAGCAUCCUGACGCAUUUUGUUGCGCUCGUGCCGGAGCUGCUUCAGCGAGCGAUCCGGAGCACAGAGGGCGCCGGUUUCUCCCUGCCGCAACAUGAGCGGCUGUCCGUUGCCCUGUCCAUAGCUGUGCAAUAUGAGUGGCAACAUCUCAGGCAAGCGCUACAAUACCUAAGAGGGCGCCCACCAUUCUUCCAGCGACUAGUCAGUGGUGAUCACAAUGGGGUGGCAGAACCUACACGGAAAAAGGCAAAAAAGACAAAAGUAAACGGCGUAUCUGAUUUGGAGAUUGUCGAGACUGCAUUUCGCUUUCUGAGUACGCGCUGUGCAGAGUUCAGAGAACUGUGGGAUUGGAGUCCAUUCUUGCAGUACCUUGACCACGCCGACACAAAGAUAAAAUGGUUGGGAGUCAGUGUCGUCGCCAUGGUAAUGGGCAUGAGUAAUGUGCAGCGACGGAACUUUGAAAGGAAAUACUUCGACGAUGAAACAAUUCUGAACUUCAGCAUAAGUUGUGAUGACACAUCGGCGAUGUGUCACAGGCGGGCCGUGCGUCUGUGCCAGCACCCCCUGGUAAGCUCGCAGGAGACGGACGGCUCCACUCACACGCUGAAGGGAAUCCUCGGUGGCGACCUCUGUGAGUCGGUCGUGUCCGUGUGCGGCGUGCUGCUGCCGUCGAAGAAAGGCGAUGCGAAACAAAAUUUCGAGGAGCUGAUUCCCGUACAGUCGACGACGGACAACAUGCACGCCCUCGCGCUCGCCGUCGCUUCAGGGACGCCCGCGUUGCUGCAGGGGCCGGUCGGGUGCGGCAAGACGGCGCUGGUCGAGAACCUGGCUCAGAUGCUCGGAAGAAGCGAGUGUCCAGAGCUGCUCAAGGUCCAGUUGGGUGACCAGAUGGAUUCGAAGGCAUUGAUCGGGACGUACCGAUGCACGGACGUGCCGGGAGAGUUCGUCUGGCAGCCCGGCAGCCUCACUCAGGCCGUAACCAACGGUUACCUGCUGCUGCUGGAGGAUAUAGACUACGCACCGAUGGACGUCGUCUCCGUGCUCAUGCCCCUGAUGGAGAGCGGAGAGCUGACUCUGCCGGGACGUGGUGACAGUCUAAAGGCGGCGCCCGGAUUCCAGCUGUUUGCUACGCUGAGGCUGUCCAGUGGUGGCAGUGGACAGUACAAGGGGAAGACCAACAACUGCUCUCUGCUGGACAAACUGUGGACACAGAUCAACAUUGAGCCGAUGUCUCGCUCAGAAUUACGACAGGUCGUGACCGCCAAGUUUCCGUCGCUAGCCAGUGUUGCUGACCGCCUGCUGGACAUCUACUUCAUGCUGUCGGCCGGCGGACACGAGCACGACGCUGGCGCGGACGACGCGGGCCGCGGGGACGACAGUGAGCUGGGAAAGCACAUCGCACGCGAGGGGAGGCUCACGUCCGCGAGGGAUCUGUUUAAGUGGUGCGCGCGAGUGGCGAAGGACUUCAACAGGUCGUCAGAGGGCGCUGGCAUCAUGGUCUUCCAGGAGGCUCUCGACUGCUUCGGCAUGUCCAUUCCCAAGGUCGCGAGGAGAGUGGAGCUGGCAGAGGCCAUCGCGGGCAAACUGAACAUCCUACGAUCCAAGGCCGAGUUCUUCUGCACGAAAUACAAGCCGAACGUGGAGGUGACGUCUUCAUCCUUUGACGUGGGACGGGUGGCACUCCUGCGCAAGCCGGAGAAAUCUGUGACACUAGCAAGACUGGCCAUCCCGAACUUUGCGUUCACGCGUCUGGCAUCGACGCUGCUGGAGAGCAUCGCGGUCGCCGUCGGCAACCAGGAGCCCGUGCUAUUGGUCGGCGAGACGGGCAGCGGGAAGACGGCGACGGUGCAGUACCUCGCGUGGCAGACGGGUCACGCGCUCAAGGUCGUCAACAUGAACCAGCAGUCGGACAGCGCUGACCUGCUGGGAGGGUUCAAACCGGUAGACUUACGCCACCUGGUGCUACCACUGAAGGAGGAGUUUGAAAACGUCUUUUGCAAGACCUUCUCACGCAAACAGAACAUCAAGUUUCUCAACCACAUACAGGAAUGCUUCUCUAAGAGACGAUGGGAAGAUCUAUUCAGGCUGAUGGUCCAUAGCCAACAGACAGCCUUAAAAAGACUAAAGACAGAUCGUACUGACGCGCCGACGCUGGGCCGGUGGGAGGCGGUGGGGCAGCACAUAGGCAGGAUGAAGAAGCAGGUCCGACAGUCCGCAACCGCUCUCGCAUUCUCCUUCAUCGAGGGGGCGCUGGUGACCGCCAUCAGGAACGGCGACUGGAUCCUCCUGGAUGAGUUGAACUUGGCGACAGCGGAAACUUUGGAGUGCCUUAGUGGUCUGUUGGAGAGCACCACAGGCUCAGUGCUGCUGCUGGAGCGAGGAGACACGGAGCCUGUCGUGCGACAUCCCGAUUUCCGCCUGUUCGCCUGCAUGAACCCAGCAACAGACGUCGGCAAGAAGGACCUGCCACCUGGUGUACGAAAUAGGUUUACCGAGUUGUUUGUCGAUGAGCUUACGGAGUCGUCCGACCUCAAGGUCAUGGCUGACAGCUACCUGCGCGGGCUGUCGCUCACCGCCGCUCAGCUCGACGGCAUCGUCACCUUCUACCUGCGCGCGCGCGACGACGCACAGCGCCACCUAGCGGACGGCACGGGCCAUCGGCCGCACUACAGUCUGCGCACGCUGUGUCGCGCGCUGCAGCUCGCCUCGCGCAACAUGUACCAGAGCGUGCCGCGGUCCCUGUAUGAGCAUGUGUGCAUCUGCGCAUUGUUUACAGGUGUGCUUGUUGACGCGAUGAGGAGAGGACACUGGGUGAUCCUGGACGAGCUCAACCUCGCUCCGACCGACGUGUUGGAGGCGCUCAAUCGUCUGCUAGACGACAACCGUGAGCUGUUCAUCACGGAGACACAGCAGAUGGUCGCAGCACACCCACGCUUCAUGCUGUUUGCUACGCAGAACCCGCCGGGACUCUACGGAGGUCGUAAGAUGCUGUCGCGAGCGUUCCGUAACCGCUUCGUUGAGCUUCACUUUGACGAGCUGCCGAGCGCAGAGCUGGAGACAAUCCUUCACGAGCGAUGUCAGCUGCCGCGCAGCUACUGCCGCAAACUCGUCACCUGCAUGAGGGCGCUACAGGUGCGGCGACGCAGCAGCGGUGUGUUUGCAGGCAAGCAGGGAUUUAUCACUCUGCGUGAUCUCUUCCGCUGGGCGGAGCGGUACCGACGCGCGGGCGAGCAGACGGAGAAAUACUACGACUGGGACCAGCACCUCGUGGACGCGAACGGUUACGCGGAGUGUGGUAAGACGACCAUCUGCCAGCUCUUUGCCGCACUGGCAGGACAGCAGCUGUACUCGGUGAAUUGCCACAUGCACACGGAGACGUCGGAUUUCCUUGGCGGGCUGAGACCCGUGAGACAUCAUGACUCGAUCGAGGACGACGCUCAGACGAAGCUGUUUGAGUGGUGCGACGGGCCGCUGGUACGCGCGAUGAAAGAGGGCGCCACCUUCCUCGUUGACGAGAUCUCGCUAGCAGACGAUGCCGUACUGGAGCGUCUGAACAGCGUGCUGGAGACGGAGCGUGCUCUGCUGCUCACCGAGCGUGGGGGCGCCACCGAUGACGACGACGGCGGCGGCGGGGAGGUGGAGCGGUUGGUUGCCGCGCCGACGUUUCGCGUCGUCGCGACGAUGAACCCGGGAGGAGACUUUGGAAAGAAGGAGCUGUCGCCCGCGCUGCGCAAUCGCUUCACAGAGAUCUGGUGUCCUCAGAGCAACAGUAACGCCGACCUGGUGGCUAUCAUAGAACACAAUGUGCGACGCGGGAUUGCGCUUGGAAGUCCGCAGGAGGACGGGGCGAGCGGCGUAGGUGGCGCCAUCGUAGAGUUCCUGCAGUGGUUCACGAGCAGCAACGUCGGGAAGAGGUGUACGGUGAGCAUCAGGGAUAUCCUCUCCUGGGUGGACUUCAUCAACUGCUGCGCGCGAGGAGGAGGAGACGAGGGAGAGGGGGAGGAGGUCACGGAGGGGAGAACCCUGUUGGAGCCGGCGGUCGCAUACGUGCACGGUGCAUGCCUCGUGUUCCUUGAUGGCCUUGGAUCCGGUAGCAGCAGCUCCGCCGAUGCCGGCGCCGACCGCGGCGUCUGCCUGGCGUUCCUCGCGCAGCAGACGAGCCGACUGACCGGCGGCGCGGCGGCGGUGGACCUGACAUCCCUGAGCGUGGGUGGCGGUGGCGGCGGGGAGGCGGACGCAGCGCCGGACGGCUGCAUCACGCUGACCGAGGAGGAGCUGGUCAUCGAACCAUUCCACCUGAGGAGAGGGCCUGCGCGGGAAGCGGACGCGGCGGCGACAUCGGCGGGAUACGCGCUUCACGCUCGCACGACGUGCAGCAACGCGCAGCGCGUUCUGCGAGCGCUCCAGCUUAGCCGCCGACCCAUCUUACUAGAGGGCGCUCCGGGCGUCGGCAAGACGAGCCUGGUGGCGGCGAUCGCGCGCGCGGCGGGACGCAGGCUGGUGCGCAUCAACCUGUCCGAGCAGACGGACGUCUCCGACCUCUUCGGCGCCGACCUGCCUGUAGAGGGCGCUGGCGGCGGCCACUUCGCGUGGCGCAACGGUCCGCUGCUCGAGGCGCUGGAGGCGGGCGACUGGAUCGCGCUCGACGAGCUCAACCUCGCAUCUCAGUCCGUACUCGAGGGUCUCAACGCGUGCCUCGACCACCGCGGCGAGGCGUACGUGCCUGAGCUGGGGCGCACGUUCAGCGUGGAUCGCGAGCGGACGCGCGUGUUCGCGUGCCAGAACCCGCUGCGGCAGGGCGGCGGACGCAAGGGCCUGCCGCGCUCCUUCCUCAACCGCUUCACACAGGUUUUCGUGGAACCCCUGACGCCGGGCGACUUAUUGUUCAUCACUCGCACGCUGUAUCCCACAAUUCCCCUGGACGUUCUAAGCAAGAUGGUGGAAUUCAACAGCGAGAUGUACCGGCAGACGAUGUUGACGUCCGAGUGGGGCCAGAAGGGGGCGCCGUGGGAGUUCAACCUGCGAGACGUCUUCAGGUGGUGUGACCUGAUAAUGAAGAACCAGUCCGUGAGUGGAGCGAGCGACGGCCAGCGGUUUGACCCGAGCGAGCACGCAGGCCUUGUUUACGCCGCGCGCAUGCGCACGCGUGACGACGAGGUCAAAGUUCACGCGCUCUACGAAGCGACGUUCGGCGGCCGCAUGUACGACUCGUCGCGCCACCUGGCGGUGACGACGGAAACCGUCCAGGUCGGGCACAGCUUUCUCGCGAGGCGCGCGCACGAGGGCGCGGUGCGCCGCCACGAGGGGGCGCCACUGCAGCUGCUGCGGCAGCACCUGCCGACGAUGGAGGCGCUGAUGCAGUGCGUCGACAUGCGCUGGAUGGCCAUACUGAUUGGACCGCAGGGUUGCGGUAAGACCUCGGUCGUACACGCGCUCGCUAGACUCGCCGGUCGUACGCUCAAAGUACUAGCGAUGAACAGUGGCAUGGACACGACCGAGCUCCUGGGAGGAUUCGAACAGGCUGAUUUCAAUCGACACCUGGAGCCACUGGUUGCUGAUGUGGAGGCUGUGGUGGUUGCCGUGGUGCAGAAUCUACUGGUAGAGAAGUCACCAACAGUCUCCCAGAGCGUUGCCUCGCUCAUGCAACGCUGGUCGGAUUUCUGUAACACGGGGACGACAGAGGGCAUCGACGAACUGCAGAAGCGCGUGCUGGUGCUGGAGGCUGACCUUGACCGGCAGGGCUCGUGUAACGGCGGUGGCGUGUUCGAGUGGGUGGACAGCGUGCUGGUGCGCGCGCUGCGGGCCGGGGACUGGCUACUCAUCGACAAUGUCAACUUCUGCAGUCCGUCGGUGCUGGAUCGUCUGAACGCGCUGCUGGAGCCGGGAGGCGUGCUGAGCAUGAACGAGAGAGGCGUCGUCGACGGCCACGUGCCCUCCGUGCGACCCCACCGCGACUUCCGGCUCUUCCUGACGAUGGAUCCGCGUCACGGCGAGAUCUCGCGAGCGAUGCGCAACAGGGGCGUCGAGAUCUGCAUGCUGGGACAGCGAGAAGAAAGUUUCUACGACCGAUGUGACACUAAGCUGAUGUUACACAACCUAGGAUUGGUCGGGAGCGUGCCGUCAGAUUAUCUCAUAGAUCUGAACAACAAAAUACGACAUGCCAUCUACGGAGGCGGCUCGCUAGCCGAACUGCUUCAGUCAGCGCGACUCACCGUGCAGCACAUGCAGCACGGCGCAUCGCUGCCUAGUGCCAUCUAUGGAGCAUGUCGCGAUGUCUACAUGAAAAACCAGUUCAAUAAUGUGAACAAAAAGAAAGCGAAGGAGAUAGUCGAGGCUUGCGUCUCAUCUCUCGACCUUCUCGAGAUCGAGCGACGCAGCAAGCGGUCGUCGCUGCUAGAGUGCGCCACCUGGCCACACCCACUGCCCGCCGUCGACGACUUUGCGUCCGAUGCGACCAUGGCGACCGUCAGACGCGACGGUGUGCUCCUUGCUCACCUGCUGACGCGGUUGUCCGUGGCAACUGGACAGACGCCGGCACUGAGUCUCUCAGCGCACGGGCUGCGCGACGCGUCGGAUGCUCGGAUGUUUACAGAGGGCGAGGAGAAGGAGACGCAGCCUCUCGACCCCUCGCUGAACCCGCAGUGGGUGGAGCGUGCAUGCCGCCGCCGCGCCGCCGGUGACCUUGGUGGCGACCUUGGGCACGAUGACCUUGACGGAGGUGACCGUGGCCAUAACGACCUUGACAGAGACGACCUUGGCUGUGACAACCUUGACGGAGACGACCUUGGCGAGGGUCGCGACCUGCAGGCGACCUUUGAGCGAAUCUCGCGUCUAUUCAACGCCGUCUCGCUGCUGGCGCGGUUCGCCCAGCAGGCGUACGACGGCCGGUGCCACCUGGAGGCGGAGGAGGAGAGUGGCGGCGGCGGGCGGGGGCCGGCGGCGGUCGUGCGUCUCGGCUCGCUGCUGCGGGUGUCGCGCGCGAUCCACGCGGGCCACGUCGCCGCCGACGACCCUGCGCUGCCACACCCCGUCGUGCCCCACCUCUACCCGCUCCUCCGCAGCCUCGACGAUGCCGUCUCGGCGUGCCUCGCGCGACCCGAGGCGCUGUCUCGCGACGACGCGAGACGCCUCGCUGACGCGCUCCGCUGGCGAGCACGGUUCUGGGACGUCUGCGCCGCUGACGCCCCCCGCCAUGGUGGCGGCCUCCAGGUGGCGCUGCUGCGGCUGCACUGGCACUGGCUCGAGUCGCGGACGCUCGACGUCGUCGCGGACGUCGCCGGGCAGGUGGCGCCGGCGCUGCGGGCGGCGGCGGCGCGCGUUCGCGAGCUGCUGGGCGUCGACAGUCGUCUGCUGCGGGCGCUCGGCAAGAUGGCCGCCGUGUUCGGUCGACCGCCGCCGCACGCGGACGUCCGCGUGGCAGACGCUGCGCACAAUGCGGCGCGGCUGUGCCCGCGCGUCGCCGCCACCGGGGGGCGCCACCGCGUGCGCGCGCUCGCGUCCGGCAACGUCGCGGCGACACGGCGGCUGCUCCUCGCGACACUGACGGCCGUCGCGGACGGUGGCGAUGCCGAGUGGGUAUCACGAGCGAUCUGCGAGGCGGAGAGCGCGCUGGGAGAGGCGGGGUUGCUGGGCGAGGAAGGGGCGACGGCUGAGGAGGAGGAGGAGGAGGAGGAGGAGAAACCUGAAGGAGACACCAGCAGCUCCUCGGUCGAGAUGAAGGUUCAGCUGUGGCCGAUGACAGACCACGUGAGUCUGCUCUGUCAGGUUGACAUCAUCAACAGACUCCAGCCUGACGUCACCGACACUCGUCUGUCCGUCGUUGCCAGACACGUGGAUUUCGCGAUGACGCACACGCCCGCGUCGCCCGGCCAUCUCGUCAACUUGGCACGGUUCCAGGAAGCAGACGAUAGGUCGCUGUACCUGCGUCAGGAGGCCUCGACUAUACUUGUGCAGCACUUCCAACGUCUGUGGUCCAGUACGGCAACACAGGGUAUCGACAAGUGGUUGGCAUGGCAACAGCAUAGAGAAGCAGAGGAGAUUCCACAGGACGAACCACCAGCCAUACGAUUGGGACCGGCGGCUCUGCUGCAACCGGUGCAGACGUUCAGCACAAUCACGCUGUUGCUAGGCAACCAGCAGCUGACGGAGGAGAUCGCCGUGCCAUUGCGUCUGCUGGAAGAGAAGAGGCGGCAGUUCCGUCAACUCUCCACCCUGCUCUGGCAGAACUCUGCGCUUGUCGAUCGGAACCCCGAAAACUCUAGGUCGUCGGAGCUCGUGAGUUUACGCCGGAGCAUCGGUCACCUGACGCGCUGCCUGCUACGCGUGCAUUCCCGCUCGGCAGACGCCGAACCCGCAGCGGACGCCCGGCAACUCAUCCCACAACUACGCAACACCGUACAGCUGCUGAUAGAGGAGAGCAGUCUUCCCGCCGACCUCGCUCACGCAGCCGCACCUCUCUGCGAGGUCGCAGGGAGACUACUCGUCCGGGAUUCGGAUUCGUCUGUUGUGGCCGAUUUGGACCAAUCAGAGAGCUCGUUUCUCGUCGGUUUGGCGUGGGCGUACUUGGGGUUGCUAGAGGCGCAGCUAUUGGCUCCUCGGCAGCCGGUGGAUCCCGCGGAGAAGCGAAAAGUGAAGCUGAGAUAUGCGCAGGAGGAGAUUAAGGAAAUAGAGACAGAGCUGAAAGUUCGCAACUGGAUGCAUUAUUUGGAAACGGGCAUGCACCUGAUCACAGAGAAUCACCAGGGCGAGCCACCAUCCAAUAGCAGCACAAAUGUGGUCGACAUGGAAACAGAUGAGCAUCCGACGAAGACGGAGAGACAGGCAUUAAAUUUCGAGAUCGCACAGGAGGCGUUCCCGGCAGGUGGUGCCACUGCGGCAGCCGAUUGUCACCCUCGAGUGACUCAUCUAUUGGGUCGUCUCGAAGAACUGCGUGGCACUGCCGCCGCGUUAUCUAAGAUGGUCGCCGCUAGACCGACGCCGCCUCAGUUUGACUUCAUCGUUCAGGACCUGCGGCAUUACCUGGGGUCGAUUGGAUCCGUGGGGAAAGUCACUGAGCUGCUGGGAAAACUGAGGGAUAGCUGGCAGGGACUGGCAGAGGGGAGGAAAAAGAAGAAAGCCUCGGUGAGUUUAUCAGUGCUGAGGGCGUGGCUGGCAUCGCAGGAGAAGUUCGUUCAGCGUCUGCUGACAACCUACCCACUCUACAAGGACUUGGUUACACCUACUGGUGCUGCCAUCUACCAGAUGAUGUAUGGCGUUGACAUGGCAACGCAGGCAGUCGAGCGCCAGAUUGGGUUGCAAGCAUUGAAUUUGGCGGCCGUGUGCCCGUCGUCCGAGUUCUCGAAUCUUCGUCAGUUUGUUUGUCUGCCACUGCCGUACAGUGGCAGCAGCAUCGCCACUGAUUCUCUCCGUCUGGCAGAGACGUUGGUUUCCGAAAACUUCCACCAGUGGGCGCUGACUCUGUUCGGGACGGGUGACGCGCAUGACGGCAACUUGCUGAAAAUUCUGAUGACUUCACUGGAGCACACCAAGAACGACGCGAUGGACAGUGGCGCCCUCACUCAGCGCAACCUCAAAAUGCUCUGCUGCCUGUUCGGCAAGUUUGCGCAGGAGUGGAGGCGGCAAGAGGAAGCAGCGAAGAUUAAAGAGCAGGUGGACGCCAGUUUGUUCAAGUAUAAAUCUCAGACUCACGGUCAGGAGCUGACUGAGGAACAGCAGGAUGAGGUCGAAUUCAGAAAACGCUUUCCAGAGUUUCAUAAGGAAUUCGCCGACAUCGCUGCGGGGCCGACGCUCGGCGACGACGAGGACACCACUGUUGCCAUGGAGACGAGUGACGCGGAGGCGGAGGAGGCGACGAUGCGGUUGCCGGAGCAGCACAUGGAUACGAUCAGGGCGACGCACGGCGCGGUGUUCCGCGGGCUGACGCGCGCCGGGUGGAGGGCGCCACCGCAGCGCGAUGACUCGCGGCAAGAUGGCGGCGUGGAUGUGCGAGCGUUCGUCGACUCCUAUCGUCUGAUGGCCGACGUUGUCAGACGACACGCAAGAGUCAUGGAUGCCGAUGUGGAUAAGCAUCUUCUGGGCUCCAAUCUCCUGAUGUGUGCCAUCCUACACAAUUCCGUUAGUGACCAGAAUCCUGAUUCCCCUCUCAGUCUCCGCAAGGACUCUCGUCCAUUCGACAUUUAUCACGAUCCGAACGUGUGCGAGACGGUAAAGUGUCGCCCUCUACUGGACAACAUGGCGAAGCGUGUGAAGGAGCUGCUCGGUGAUUGGCCAGAUCAUCCUGUGUUGAAAUUGCUUCUCGUCGUCAUCGACCGCAUCCUCGGAUUCUCCGUCGCCAGCCCCGUGAUGCGAUUCGUCGAGGGACUGGAGCUGCUCCUGGGCAAGGCGCAGGACUGGGAGCAGAACGCUCACCGCAAGGUGUCGCUAUUCGCUCACCUCGAGGCCAUCUCACAUCAGAUCAUAGAGUGGAGGAAGCUGGAGCUGAAAUGCUGGAAUAGCUGUCUGGACAUUGUCACAGAGACAACAAAGCAGAAGGCGUCAAAGUGGUGGUUCCACGUGUACACGCUCGUUGAAUCCUUCCUCUCCCCCGACGCCACCACCGCCGCUGCAGACGAGGGGAAAGAGGAGGAGAAAGAUGGGAAUAAGGAGGAGGAGAUGGAGAUGGAGAAGGCAGGGGAAGGGGAGGAGCGGAAGGCAGAGGAGGAGAGUGGGACGAUCACACAGCUCAUCAGCUCGCUGCAGCAGUUUGUGGAGUCAUCGCCUCUGGGAGAGUUUCAUGCGCGGCUGGACAUGCUGCUAGCCUUCCACUGCCAGCUUGUCAGCGUGUCGGAACACGACCCCGCCGCCGCGUCGCGCGAUGCUGGCGCCCUCAUGCGGGUGAUGUGGAACACGCACGCCUACUACGCGCAGUUCUCUGUCGGCGUUGCCGCGGAGAUCGACCGCCAGCGCGCGCCCGUCGAGACGGCGCUGCGGAACUUUGUGAAGAUCGCUCGCUGGAGCGACAUCAACUUCUGGGCGAUGAAAGCGGCGGUGGAGAAGACGCAUCGCACCCUGCACAAGCACACGAAGCAGUACCAGGAGUUGGGUGUGGGAAACAUAGAGCGUAGCCGUGGUUACAGCGAGCAUCUAAUGGACCUUGUCGUUAAGCAGCAUAACGACAUUGCUGCGUCUGUGACGCUGCUCAGCGACCUGCGCGCGUGUCACAGUGACAUCACCAACAUGGCCGCCGAGCAGACGCUCCCGCCGCAGGACAAACUCCGCUACUUCAUCUCCAACGCGCAAGACCUGACUCGCUACACGCGCAAAUGCCUACAUCAGGUGGAGCUACUGCUGCACAGCUGCCCAGACGCCGUCGAACAGCCCGUGACGAACUUGAACGCGUUGCCGUGGGAACAGCUUCCGGAGCUGUGUCGAAUGCGGCGGGGCGACGAGAACUGGGAGAAGAUGGCGGAGUGCGUGCGGGACCUCCUGGGGGAGGUGGACGCCGUGGCGGCGAUCGCCGACGCGCGGCGGCAUCGGCAGGGGGCGCUGCUGUCGAGCGGCGACCUCGAAGCGACGAAGGUUGCGUACGCGCGCCUCGGGGAGGUUGCGGCGAAGGUCGGCGAUGACCUGCUGCGGGCGUUCUCGCACCGACACGGUGGCGCCCUCACCGCGGGACGCUCCCUGGAGUUGCUGCGGGAGCGCGCGGCACAGGACUGCGAGGAGUUUCGCGCGUGGGUGUGGGAGGUCGACGCCAGCAUACAGGAGCUGUACAAGCGCGGCGAGUCUGCAUCCGCCGCCGCGGGGGACGACGGGGAGGAAUCGCCGACGGCGACCGAAGACGACGACGACGCGCGGCUGCAGCAGGGCCACCUGGUGGAGAAGCUGCACCGGGCGGCGCGCGCGGACUGUGUGACGCGAUACGUCGCCGCGCACCGCGCCGCCGCACGCCUCCUGCACGUGCUGCUGGGGCUGUUCGCGAGCCUCGCGCGACGCGGGUUCUGUCUGCCCGCGCAGUACGGGGAGGAGGCGGCCGAAGAGGGAGCGACGCAGUUUGAGGACAUCGAGGGAGGAGGCAUGGGAGAGGGGGAGGGCGUGAAAGACGUCAGCGAGAAGAUAGAGAGCGAGGAUCAGAUGGAGAGCAGGAUGAGAAUGAAGAGGAGGAGGAGGAUGAUGAGAAUGAGCUGGACAAGGAGAUGGGAGACCUCGAUUCAGCCGACGCUGACAAGCUAGAUGAGCAGAUCUGGGGAAGCGAUGAUGAAGAUGAGGAAGAGGAGGAGAAGAAGGACAAGAGCGAGGAGAAGGGCGCCGGUGACGGGAAGCGCAGUGCGCCGGAGCUUGUCGCGAAGGAAGACGACCUUGAAAAGGAUGAAGAGAACGGCGGAGAGGAGGAGGAGAAGGAUAAGAAUGAGCAAGAGGAGCAGGCCAUCGAUGAGGGGGAGUACGAGGGCGAGGACAUUGACCCUCACCAUGGCGACCAGGAACCGCAGCCGGAACCUGAAGGCCUCGACCUUCCCGACGACCUUGAGCUCGACAGAGAGGAGAAGGAGGGGAAGGAGGAGGAGGAGGGCGAGGAGGAAAAUCCGUACGACAUUGACAAGGCGGCAGAGGAGGAGGAAGAGGAAGGCAAGGCGGCAGAGUCUGAAGACAAACCCGGUGAUGAGGGUGAGGAGAAGGAACGUCCGGAAGAGGAACACGCAGAAGAUAAAGAGGAUGAACAUAAGGACGAAAACGACAAGCGAAAAGAAGAAACCGCGGCGCCCACAGAGACCGAAGACGAGGAAGAGAAAGGAGAGAACAACGAGCAACCCGGCCUGAAUCCCGAGGAGGAAGAGGAGAAGGUGGACGACGAUGAGGAGGAGAAGCAGAGAUCGCUCGAGAUGAAGCCAGACGAGAAGCAGACGGAGGAAUCUCAGGCAGUUGAGGAGGAAGCGAGGAGCCGGGCCGCCGCGCAGGCGACGAUGACGGAGGAAGAGAGGAAGCAGGGGGAGGAGGCGAUGGAGAGCGAGACUCAGGCUCCCGACCAGGAGGAGAAGGAAGGCGUGGGCAUUGCGGAAACCGACCGCCGGCAGGAGGGGCACACUAGCGCCACCUGUAGUGCGCAGCAGGAGCAGCAGCGGGCGGGCAGCGAGCGACAGAAGCAGGGAAGGAAGCCGGGGAAGGCCGAUAGCGAGAGGAGUCUCGGCACGACCGAGGAGGAGCCGGUCCACAGGAGGCUAAAGACGACGGAGGAGAUGGGCAGGCGGGAGCGAGAGGAGCAGUCGGCCGAGGCGGAGAAGAGAACUAGCGACCUCUAUCAGCACAUAAAGGAAGCAAAGUCGUACGACGCGCAGACACUAGAUGCCGCCACCCAGGAGCAGACGGAGCAGCAAGCUGUGCCGAAUCUGGAUGAGGAAGAGGCAGACCCAGCCGAGGAAGGAGAGGAGGCGAAAUCAGAUGAGGACAAGGACAAAGAAAACGAGAUGGAGGUAGACAGCGCAGCACCGGCCAGACUGAGUGGAGCCAAGCCGGAUCCGAGCCAGGAGAAGCAGACGACAGAGGAAGCAGAGGAGGGGGAGGAACAGCAAGCAGUGCAGGUUGAAGGGGAGAAGGUGGAGACGACGUGGAUCGAGAGAAAUUCAGAGUCAACUAUCCACACGGAUCUUGAGAGGCUUGAGCUGGGAUCGCAGCAGGGUGUGUUGGAGGACCUGGAAAAGCUGAGAGUGGAGCUGGAACAGCAGCUGUCCACGUGGAGUCACGUGAGCCCCACGGAGGAGGUGCAGGUGGCAGCACAGGAGGCCUGGCACAAGUACGACGCCCUCACCGGCGACCUCUCUAGGGAGCUGUGCGAACAACUGCGACUUGUACUUGAACCGACGCAAGCAUCGAAAUUAAGGGGAGACUUCCGGACCGGGAAGCGUCUGAACAUGCGCAAGGUGAUCCCGUACAUCGCCAGCCAGUUCCGCAAGGACAAGAUCUGGCUGCGUCGCACGAAACCCAGCAAGCGCACCUACCAGGUGAUGCUGGCCGUCGAUGACUCAUCCAGCAUGGCCGACAACCACUCCAAGCAGUUGGCAUUUGAGUCGCUGGCGGUGAUCUCUAACGCCCUCACGUGGCUGGAAGUCGGCGAACUCGGCGUCUGCAGCUUUGGCGAGAACGUUCAGUUGUUGCAUCCGUUUCACGAGCAGUUCACCGACCAAUCGGGAGCCAGCGUCAUGCAGCAGUUUUCGUUUGAGCAGAAGAAGACGAAUAUCGCCCACCUUCUUGACUAUGCAACGGGUACGAUGCUGAACUGCCGCGCGAGGGUGCGCUCGUCGAACCCGGACACGUCUCAGCUGCUGCUCAUCGUCUCUGAUGGCCGCGGGCUGUUCAGCGAGGGCGUCGAGGCGGUGAGGCAGGCCGUGAGACGCACACAGGAGGCGCACGUCUUUGUCGUGUUCGUCGUCAUCGACAACCCGAAGAGCAAGGAUUCCAUACUGGACAUCCGGGUCCCGAUCUUCAAAGGCGCGGGCCAGCUGCCGGAGAUCACCAGCUACAUGGAGCACUUCCCCUUCCCCUUCUACGUGAUCCUGCGUGACAUCAACAGUCUUCCCGCCACGCUGGGAGACGCCCUGCGCCAGUGGUUCGAACUGGUGUCCGCGAGCAGCUGAAGAGCAUGCGGAGCGAGCGUGAUGGACACUCACGCAGGGAUAGCAAGGUCGGUGCAUUCAGCCACAGCUAAGAUGACAUGUGAGAUGGCAAGGGGGAUGGAUCCAGUAGUGACAUCUAAGAUGACGUGUGUGAGGUAACAAGGGGGAUGGAUCCAGAGGAAAGUGUUGUGGGAUGUGUGUGAACAAGUGUACAUGUGUGGUGGGAACCAGCCCACUAUGCAGCAGUGCUGCCACCACGGUGUCACGUUGGUCACUCCCUGUGCAACAAGGUGCACUGGAUGAGAGGUCACGGGUCCUAUGAGCUUAUAGGCUACUGGUUCUACGUUGAUUCCCAUUCUGUUAGCCUGCAGGCUAUACACCUUCUACGUGGGUUGCUGUAGGCUUAUUGUUACCCUACAUGUUAUAGAUUCUACGUGUGUUACAGACUUGAGCUUAACAGGCAAUAGAUUCUACUUGGGAUAUCGUCAAGGGUUUUAUUGUCAUUGUUACUGUUGGUUAGCCACUUGCAGACGCUUGCAAGACAGCUCGUUCCAAUUGCACAAUGUCGUUUGUGUGAUGGCAUAUAAUAGUAUUCCCCUUUUUCGCAUAAUAACUGAAUCAUGAGUGUCACCUGUAUGAAGUGUUUAUGGAAGAUGAGUAUCAUGAAAGGUGUUUUUGUUUUUAUGUAUUUCUUGCAUGGUGGUUGCCGUCUUAAAAUCGGCAGAGUGGAAAGAUGAAUAUAGCUUAUAUUCGGGUUCACAGAAUG